AGGGCUGGUCCAUGUGCAGAUGAACGUGAGAGGUGGUGGUGUGUGUGUGUGUGCACGCGAGAGUUUGAGUGCGAGGGGUGUGGGAAUGCAGGAAUGUGCCACCCAUUUGAGCGGGAAAGGGGUGGUACACGUGCGGGUAGGUGUGUCACGGGUGGGACCUGUGCAGGUGUGGGGUGUGCUGGGCGGGCGUGGGGGCGCAGCGUGCCCUGUUCCCUCAGCGCCGUCCCCCCAGCCGCCAUGGAGGUGAGCCACUCGCUGACGGAGCGCACGAUCGCCGAGAACAGCCUGGUGAUCCUGCUGCAGGGGCUGCGGGGCCGCGUCACCACGGUGGAGCUGCGCGACGAGAGCGCGGCCGCGGGGCUGGUCACCGGCGUGGACGCCUUCAUGAACGUGCGCCUGGCCGAGGUGACGCUGACGGACCGGCACGGCGCCGUGAGCCGCCUGGAGCAGCUCUUCGUCAGCGGCAGGAACGUGCGCUACGUGCACAUCCCCGACGGCGUGGACAUCAGGGCCACCAUCGAGGAGCAGCUCCAGGCCAUCCAGAGGGUGCGCUCCUUCGGGGCCCAGGACAGGGGCCGCAGGGAGUACCUUCCGGCCAAGGACAAGGGAGGGGGAAGCGCAAAGAUGGGAAGCGCAAAGAUGGACUCCAGUGAACCUGCCCCUUCCGUGGACUGACGCCCAGACACCCCGCGCAAGGACAUCCCCCCAGGGACUCGGGGCUCUGCUGCUCCCAGGGCUGGUGCCUGCGGAGGAGCAGGGACAGUUUUUGUAAUGAUUGAGCCAAAAUAAUCCUGUUUAAAAGGC